GAGCCCCAGGCGACCGCCGCAGCAGCCAGCAGCAUCGGAAAGCCGCCGCGCCCCCUUCACUGCUCCGCCGGUCGCUGUGCCUCCACGCCGACGACAUCAUACCCGCUCAGGCCCAGCUGCUCUCACUGCCGAAUUGAAACCUUUUAAUUCCCUAUGACCCGUCAGUCUCCUCCAAAGAACGUAAGCGUGAAGCAAAGCUUCCCCGUUCCGGAUCGAUCGAUCGAUCAUCCAUCUGAAUAUUCUAUUGGCAUUUUUUUAGUGGUUGAAAGCUGCAUCUGCACCUGCAUAUGCUGCUGCUGCUGCGGCUUCCCCUUUCUCGUCCCUGUCGUCGUUGCGUACUUUGGAUAGCUGGACCUCUUCCCUCUCGUCCCGCUGGCCGCGACCAGUUCUCCAUCCCGAGCUUAGGUAGCUACGUACUCAUAUGUAGACAGGCAGAGGCAGUCGCAUGCAGAGCUCGGAAGCUCGAGAGAGAACAGCCUGCAGAGCAACAGUAACAGCCGUUGGUCGUUAGUAUCUUCAGAACGAGACGUACACGAGGCACAGAGAGAGCAGGUCCGGGGUAGCUAGCUGCCAUGGGCAACGUAUGCUUCUGCGGCACCACCUCCACCUCCCCUGAUCAGCCUGAACCGGCCACGGCCGGCAAAGCGCCGCCACAAGGCGCCACCAACAGGAGGCCGGCGACGCCUCCGAGCAGCCAGCAGGGCAGCAGCCAAGAGCCGAGCCCGGCCCCGGGGGCCAAUAAGCCCGGACCGAAGGCGAGGCCCAAGGCUACUACUAAGGCGAACCCGUACGACUGGGCUCCGCCGGCGGCGGCGCACGCGUCCCGGGCGUCGGCGUCGGUGUCGGCGUCGCGCGUGCUGGACGGCGUGGUGCCGCACCACCCGCGGCUGCGCGUGACGGACAAGUACCACCUCGGGCGGGAGCUGGGGCGGGGCGAGUUCGGCGUCACGCGGCUCGCCACGGACCGCGCCACGCGGGAGCGCCUGGCGUGCAAGUCCAUCCCCAAGCGGCGCCUGCGCACGGCGGUGGACGUCGCGGACGUGCGCCGGGAGGUGGCCAUCAUGGCGUCGCUGCCCGACCACCCGGCGCUCGUGCGCCUGCGGGCCGCCUACGAGGACGCCGACGCCGUGCACCUGGUCAUGGAGCUCUGCGACGGCGGCGAGCUGUUCGACCGGAUCGUCGCGCGCGGCAGGUACACGGAGCGCGCCGCGGCCGCCGCGGCCAGGACCGUGGCGGAGGUGGUGCGGGCGUGCCACGCUCACGGGGUCAUGCACCGGGACCUCAAGCCCGAGAACUUCCUGUACGCGGGCAAGAGCGACGACGCGCAGCUCAAGGCCAUCGAUUUCGGCCUCUCCGUCUUUUUCAGACCAGGCGAGCGGUUCACGGAGAUCGUGGGCAGCCCGUACUACAUGGCGCCGGAGGUGCUGCGGCGGAGCUACGGGCCGGAGGUGGACAUCUGGAGCGCCGGCGUGAUCCUCUACAUCCUCCUCUGCGGCGUGCCGCCGUUCUGGGCCGAGACGGAGCAGGGCGUGGCGCGCGCCAUCCUCCGCGGCAACCUGGACCUGCAGCGGGAGCCGUGGCCGCGGAUCUCCGAGGGCGCCAAGAGCCUCGUCCGCCAGAUGCUCCAGAUGGACCCCAAGAAGCGCCCCACCGCGCAGCAAGUGCUCGAGCACCCGUGGCUGCAGAACGCGCGGAAGGCGCCCAACGUGCCGCUGGGCGACGUCGUCCGGGCGCGCCUGCAGCAGUUCUCCGCUAUGAACAAGUUCAAGAAGAAGGCGAUGCGGGUGAUCGCGGAGCACCUGUCCGUGGAGGAGGUGGAGGUGAUCCGGGACAUGUUCGCGCUCAUGGACACCGACAAGGACGGCAGGGUGACGCUGGAGGAGCUCAAGGCCGGGCUCAGGAAGGUGGGGUCCAAGCUCGCCGAGCCCGAGAUGGAGCUGCUCAUGGAGGCCGCUGACGUGAACGGCAACGGUUACCUGGACUACGGCGAGUUCGUGGCCAUCACCAUCCACCUGCAGCGGCUCUCCAACGACGCCCACCUCCGCAAGGCGUUUCUCUUCUUCGACAAGGACAGCAGCGGCUACAUCGAGCGCGCCGAGCUGGCCGACGCGCUCGCCGACGAGGCCGGGCACGCCGACGAGGCCGCGCUCGACAACGUCCUGCGAGAGGUCGACACCGACAAGGAUGGGCGGAUCAGCUUCGAGGAGUUCGUGGCGAUGAUGAAGGCCGGGACGGACUGGAGGAAGGCGUCCCGGCAGUACUCGAGGGAGCGCUUCAAGACCCUGAGCAACAGCCUCCUCAAGGACGGGUCGCUCCGCAUGGCGCGAUGACCAGAGAAGAGAACGAUGCUUGUGCGGGGCUUCAGAGACGAUCCAUGCGAUGCGAUGCUUGGUUUCUUAUGCAUACACCCUUCAUCAAUGGAUGGAUAGAAUGAUAGAUUCCUUUCUUCAGCUUGCUUGUAUAUUCGUUCCAGAAAGUCCGAACUUUGGAAUUUGGGUAGGAAUAUUUGUCGUUAACAAAAGCUGAUGGGGGUUCAGGUCAGUGUCUAUGGCUACGAAGUGAACAUGUGUUGCUUGUAAUUAUGCGUCCUAGGAAGGAACUAAAUUUUGAAAAUGUCCUUAAAAAAA